UCGGCCUCACUAAACGAAUGACUAGUUUACACGUCAAUUUACUCAAAGAUAAGGACCGUACAAAAUAUAGAACUUUAUAAAAAAAAUGGGAUUAACAAUAUCAAGUCUUCUGACACGUCUGUUCGGAAAAAAACAAAUGCGUAUUUUAAUGGUUGGACUGGAUGCCGCCGGAAAAACGACUAUACUAUAUAAACUUAAGUUGGGAGAAAUUGUAACCACCAUCCCAACUAUCGGUUUCAACGUCGAAACUGUGGAGUAUAAAAAUAUAUGUUUUACUGUUUGGGACGUUGGUGGCCAAGAUAAAAUUCGUCCGUUGUGGCGCCACUAUUUCCAGAAUACGCAAGGUCUGAUUUUUGUUGUGGAUUCUAACGAUCGUGAUCGUAUCAAUGAAGCUGAAAAAGAACUUCAAAACAUGCUUCAGGAAGACGAGCUCAGAGAUGCUGUGCUAUUGGUUUUUGCUAACAAACAGGACUUACCAAACGCAAUGACAGCUGCAGAGCUUACAGACAAGUUGCACCUUAACCAAUUAAGGAAUCGCCAUUGGUUUAUUCAAGCUACUUGUGCUACCCAGGGUCACGGACUAUAUGAAGGACUUGACUGGCUUUCAGCUGAGUUGGCUAAAAAAUAAUUCAAAAAUAUUCUUUAAAUUGUAACAUAAGAAUUCGUAUUGUCCUAUGCUGAAAACUAGACCAUAAAUAAACUUGUACAUGUA